AUGUCUGACAAAUUAACUCGUGUAGCUAUCGUCUCUGACGACAAGUGUAAACCUAAAAAAUGUCGACAGGAAUGUAAGCGAUCAUGUCCAGUGGUGAAGAUGGGUAAAUUGUGUAUCGAAGUGAAUCCAUCGGAUAAGAAAGCUUUCAUCUCUGAAGAACUGUGUAUCGGUUGUGGUAUCUGUGUGAAAAAAUGUCCAUUCGAAGCCAUUCAAAUUCUCAACUUACCUACCAACUUAGAAUCCCACGUUACCCACCGAUACAAUGCCAACGCCUUCAAACUCCAUCGAUUACCCACUCCUCGACCAGGUCAGGUUCUAGGUCUAGUAGGAACGAACGGUAUUGGUAAAUCUACUGCAUUGAAAGUUCUAAGUGGUAAAUUGAAACCGAAUUUGGGAAGAUACGAUGAUCCACCAGAAUGGCAAGAAAUCUUGAAAUACUUUAGAGGAUCUGAAUUACAAAAUUUCUUCACAAAGGUAUUGGAAGAUGAUAUCAAAGCUGUAACCAAACCACAAUAUGUUGAUCAAAUUCCAAGAUCGAUAAAAAUACCAAAUAUGACUGUGGGUAAGAUGUUUGAUAAACAAUCUGAAUUACCAAACAGAUCACAAUUGGAAGAAGAUUUAGAAUUGAAACAUUUACAAGAUCGUGAAGUUGGACAAUUGUCUGGUGGAGAAUUACAGAGAUUCGCAAUUGCCAUCGCAGGUGUGAGGAAAGCGGAUAUUUACAUGUUUGACGAACCUUCAUCUUAUCUCGAUAUCAGACAACGUAUCGCUGCUGCCAAGGUCAUUAGAGGAUUGGUAACCCCAACAAACUAUGUGAUUGUGGUUGAACAUGAUUUGGCUACGUUAGAUUAUUUGUCGGAUUUCAUCUGUGUGCUCUAUGGUGUGCCGGGUACUUACGGUGUGGUCACCAUGCCUUAUUCAGUCAGAGAAGGUAUCAACAUCUUCCUUGAUGGUAUGAUCCCUACUGAAAACCUUCGAUUCCGAGACGAGUCCCUGACAUUCAAGAUCGCCGAAACCGUCGACGAAACAUUAGCACCCAAGAUGAAAUCAUACCAUUACCCAAAUAUGACCAAAACGUUGGGUAACUUCAAACUGCAUGUUGAAACGGGCUCAUUCUCCGAUUCGGAGAUUAUUGUUUUAUUGGGUGAAAACGGUAUGGGUAAAACCACGCUGGUACAGUUGUUGGGUGGUAAAAUGGAUCCGGAUGAUGUCAAGGAUAAGAUUGAGUUGAGAGUGUCUAUGAAACCACAAACCAUCUCUCCUAAAUUCCCUGGUUCAGUCAGAAUGUUGUUGUUGAAGAGAAUCAAGGCUAUGUUCAUGCACCCCCAAUUCAACAGUGAUGUGAUCAAACCUAUGAACCUUGAGCCCAUCAUGGACCAAGAUGUACAAACAUUAUCCGGAGGAGAGUUGCAACGAGUUGCCAUCUGUUUGGUGUUGGGUGUACCAGCCGACGUCUUACUUAUUGAUGAGCCUUCGGCUUACUUGGAUUCAGAACAACGUAUCUUGGCUUCUAAGGUUAUCAAGAAGUUCGUCAUGAGUUCAAAGAGGACUGCUUUCAUUGUAGAACACGAUUUCAUCAUGGCUACAUAUCUUGCCGACAGAGUCAUCUUGUUCGAAGGUACUCCAGGUAAAGAAUCUACUGCCAACAAACCUGAAGGUUUGUUGACUGGUAUGAACAAAUUCCUGAAAUCGCUUGAUAUCACAUUCCGAAGAGAUCCUACCAACUUCCGACCACGUAUCAACAAGAUGGAUUCGCUCAAGGAUAAAGAGCAGAAAUCAGCUGGAUCGUACUUCUUUGUCGACUCCGAUUAA